CUGCAGAACUGCAGGAGACAAUCUUUCUAGACAAGGCAGUUGAGGAGGAGGGAGCGAGUGGCGGGGGGGCUGGCCUGACGUGCACUCCGCGCCUCGGGAACGUUACUGCGCGUGGAACGGCUGUUUUGGGAAGACUAUUGCCUAGAAGAAAAGAUGUUUGGUUUUCACAAGCCAAAGAUGUACCGAAGUAUAGAAGGCUGCUGUAUUUGCAGAGCUAAGUCCUCCAGUUCUCGAUUCACGGACAGUAAGCGCUAUGAGAAGGAUUUCCAGAGCUGUUUUGGGUUGCAUGAGACACGUUCAGGAGACAUCUGUAAUGCCUGUGUCCUGCUUGUGAAAAGAUGGAAGAAAUUGCCGGCAGGAUCCAAAAAAAACUGGAAUCAUGUGGUAGAUGCAAGGGCAGGACCCAGCCUGAAGACUACACUGAAACCAAAGAAAGUGAAAACUCUAUCUGGAAACAGGAUAAAAAGCAACCAGAUCAGCAAACUACAGAAGGAAUUUAAACGUCAUAAUUCUGAUGCUCACAGUACCACCUCAAGUGCCUCCCCAGCUCAGUCUCCUUGUUACAGUAACCAGUCAGAUGAUGGCUCAGAUACAGAGGUGGCUUCGGGCUCCAGCAGAACGCCAGUUUUUUCCUUUUUAGAUCUCACGUACUGGAAAAGACAGAAAAUAUGUUGUGGGAUUAUCUAUAAAGGCCGCUUUGGGGAAGUCCUCAUUGACACGCACCUCUUCAAGCCUUGCUGCAGCAACAAGAAGGCGGCUGCGGAGAAGCCGGAGGAGCCCGGCCCAGAGCCUCUGCCCAUCUCCACCCAGGAGUGGUGACUGAGGUGUAUGUAGAAGGGGAACA